AUGCCUUUGACAGCACCUCAAAAUUUAAAUAAGAAAAGAAAAGCGGUUCAAGAUGGUGUAUUUAAAGCGGAAUUGAAUAAUUUUUUGAUGAAAGAAUUGGCCGAAGAUGGUUAUUCUGGAGUGGAAAUUCGUAGAACUCCUUCCAGGGCUGAAAUAAUUAUAAUGGCCACUCGUACUCAAAGUGUUCUGGGUGAACGUGGUCGUCGAAUUCGCGAAUUAACAUCAGUCGUCCAAAAACGGUUUGGGUUUAACGAAGGAACUGUUGAAUUAUAUGCGGAGAAAGUCUCAAAUCGUGGUCUUUGUGCAGUCGCACAAUGCGAAUCUCUUCGGUAUAAAUUGGUUGGCGGUUUGGCUGUCAGACGUGCAUGUUACGGUGUUUUAAGGUUUAUAAUGGAAUCUAAUGCACAAGGCUGCGAGGUCAUAGUUUCGGGUAAAGUGCGUGGUCAGCGAGCCAAAUCUAUGAAAUUCGUUGAUGGCCUCAUGAUUCAUUCUGGACAACCAGUUAAUGAUUAUAUUCAGCAGGCUGUUCGGCAUGUCCAGCUCAGACAAGGCGUGCUAGGUAUUAAAGUUAAAAUUAUGCUACCCCAUGAUCCACGUGGUCAAGCUGGUCCAAGAACUGCUCUACCUGAUCAAAUUCAUAUUAAAGAACCUAAUGAACCACCAGCUCCAUUGCAACCAUAUUCGGAACCUGGAAAAGACAAUAAAAAGGAUAUGAUAGCAGUCAUGCCCGGCCAAGUUCCAAUCACAGCAUUCUAA